UCUAGGGCCGUCUCUUACCAGACCAGGCGGACCCCCCGUUAGCCUACGGGAGGAAUUCACACCCGCCGACCUUAUUUGCGUCCAUCCUUCCUUGCCCUCGAUUUAAACUAAUCGCCAAAGCGGCACCGCAUUAGUCCGAACCGACCUGGUGUAGUAAAUACGUAAUUAUGCCACCCUCUCGGUUAACGGACAUUCUGCGAACAUCCCUUAUGCUAGCGGUACUCCUGACUCCUCUCUCGGUGACGGCCCGCAACCGAAGAAGUAUCGACCUCAUAGCGGCCCACACACUCAUCUCGGACACCAAACUGCCGACCGAGGUCACACCCAACGCGUACGAGUUGAAACUCCACCCCUAUCCGGAGCAGGGUAACUUCACGGGCGAGGUCAACAUUAACGUGACGGUGCAACAAAAGACGAAGAAGAUCGUCCUCCAUAAGCACCCGGACCUGGAGGUUGAAUCACUGAGCGUGUUCCAGAUCUUGGCGGUGGUGGAAGACCCCAAAUCGGAUAGCCCUGGUAGCCCGAAGGUGGGCUACAACGUGUUCGCGUUCCAAUCUAAGUGGGAGCAGGUGAAGAAACAGUCGAUGAUGAACGUGAUGCUCAACGACCACGCCAAUUCCGGCGUCGAGCUCAGGAUCAACAUCAAAUUCCGCGGGUACUUGUUCAAUGAGACCACCGAGGGUUUGUUCAGGAGUUCGUACGUCGAUCCGGAAACCAAGACCACCAAAUGGUUCGUGGCGACAUUCAUGAGACCCAACCUGGCUAGAAACGUGUUCCCUUGCUUCGACGAACCCGGCUACAAGGUACCGAUCCAGCUGACCGUGGUAAGGCCGCGACACAUGACCGCCGUCGCCAACAUGCCUCUGGAAUCUUCAACCGAUCCCAACCAAUAUUGGGUGUACGAUACGUUCCAAUGGACCCCGCCCAUUGCCACGUUCUCCUUCGCCCUGGUCGUCUCCGAGUUUAGCUACCUCGUGCCCAACGACACCGACGACGGAGAUAUCAAAUUAAGGAUAUGGGCGCGACCGGACUUUAUCCAGACGCUGGUGAACGUGUCUGGCAAGGUAACUCGCUCGGUGAGAUUCCUGGAGGAUUUUUGGGGAGUGCCGUAUCCUCUGCCGGAGUUAAACAUCUUCGCCUUGCCCAACUACCAAGCGACGCGACCGGCCGACUCCUGGGGAAUUUUGCUUUUCAAGGAGAGCGAAAUAAGCGGCAAGGGGUCGUGGCACCUCACGCAGGAGCUGGUGUACCAAUGGCUCGGAUCGUUAGCUACGCCUUUUUGGUGGAGCGACGCUCACAUAAAUAACGCCUUGGUGCGCUACAUUACCGCUUACACCACCCUGAAGGUGGGCGACAACGAAACGUUCAACAACUGGCCAAUGACGAUGCUCUACUCCAUAUACUACGAGUUCAGCAAGAGAUACCCGCACGGAAAAAGUACGGCCAUUAAACAGGACUCCACUUCGGCCAAGACGGAGUUGGUGUUCAGGAUGCUCAACUACACGAUCGGCGAGAGCACUUUCAGGCACGGCAUGCAACGGUUCAUGGCGGAUCGCCAGUACAAGACCUUUUUCGGCGACGACAUCUGGCUUUCGCUCACCGAGCAGGCUAGAUUCGAUAAAACGCUGCCCGAACCGAUCACCAUCAACGAGAUAGCCGGUUCGUGGAUCACUAAAGAUCGUCUGCCGGUCGUGACUGUCACCAGAGAUUACGACAAAGGCACGGCGACGAUGAAACAGCGGGUGUACCUGAGAGAGAGGCCCCACGACGUGCCCGACCAAGAAAAGUUCCUCUGGUGGAUCCCAGUGGUGCUCGUCCGCGAGGACAAGAUGAACUUCCGGAAUUCGACGCCUCUGGUGUGGAUGAUGAAGGAGAGGGAAAUUAAACUGGAAGACUUACCCUCCGCCGAUAAGUUCGUCAUCGUUAACCCUGAGGAGAUAUCCCCUUUUCCCGUCAACUACGACACCCGCAACUGGAACAUGUUGGCUAGUUUCCUGUGCACGGAUCAGCGCACCAAGAUCCCGGUGAACACGCGAGCCAAGCUGCUCCAUGACGCGUGGAACUUGGCCUACGCCGGCGACCUCAGCUUCGCCACGGCCCUCAACAUGACACUUUUUUUGAGGGACGAGAGGGAGUACCUCGCGUGGGACCCGGUCUUUACGCUGAUCGAUCACAUCGGUAAACACAUCGAUAGUUCGGCGGUCCACAAGAAGUUCCAGACAUACGUGAGGCUGCUGCUCACUCCGCUUUACGAGGAACUCGGCAGCGAGCCCCAAGAUGGCGAGUGCGAAGGUCGCGCCCACUUGAGGAGCUCGUCGAAGAUAUUCCUGUGUCAGACUGGCUACAAACCGUGUAUAGAAGAGGCUCAGCGGGCGUUCAAGAAAUGGAUGGAGAGCGGGGACCCCGACGAAGGAAAUCCGGUAGCGAACCAGUACAUAUGUCCGGUGUUCAAAUGGGGCUCGAAGGAGGAGUGGGAGUUCGGGCUGCAGCGGAUCAUCAAUUUUCCGGCAGGCAGGAAACCCAGCGAGCGCACUUACCUCUUGAAAACUCUUGCGGGGUGCCCGAACGACUCGUGGAAGAUCGAGAGGCUGCUCAACAUCACUGUACUCGAGCAGAACGGCAACUUCACCGAUAACGACGUUUACCUUAUCUUCAGUAUGCUGACGGGCGGCGCUAACGGUUAUACCACCCUGUUUAACUUCCUGAGGAGCAACUGGGACGUCGUGAAGUCAAGGUUCGAGGAGAAGCCGAUGCUAUGGAACAGCAUUGUGACGUCGGCGACCACAGUAUUCAAGACCCAGGAGGGGCUGGACAUGGUCAACGAGCUCUACGUCGAGAGGCAGACCGAAUUCGGUAACGCAGACUUCGUGAUCGAGAAGGCGCUGAAGAAUAUCAAGGAGGAGACCAAAUGGAGCAACGAAAACCUGCCCGUCAUCGAGAAAUGGUUGGACGGCUACCUCAGCAGCAACAGCGAGAGGAUCGGCGCCUGAAAGCCUCCCUCAGACGUGGUAUUUAUUGAGUUAUUUGUUGAUUAUAAUGCGUAUUCCAAUAAAAGUAGGUGAGAA